CAUAAAUGGCCUCGGCUGUCAAUCGCCGGGUUCCAGCUGGUGAUUACUUGCCCUCACCUGGUGAUUACCGAGUAUUACCAACGGGGGAGAGACCUGUAUGUAAACAAUACAGUUUUCUCCCUUGCCAACUCCUGCACACUGCUUUGUAUGGCUCUGCAUAGCGGAGCCAGUAGAAAGCACACACACAGCCUCAUAGUAAAACACACACAGCACACAGUUAACCAUUUGAUCACCCCAGAUGUUAACCCCUUCCUGCCCAGUGCCAUUAGUACAGGAACAGUGCUUUAUAUUAGCACUGAUCACUGUAUUGGUGUCACUGGGGAUGUCAAUGACACCAAGUCAGUUCCCUCCUUUGUCAGAAUGCCCACUGCAAACCGCUAUAAGUCGCUG